GCGUCACAGGCGCGAAUACCCGGCGAGAGAGGAGGAGGUGACAGGCAGAGGGACUCAGUCCUCCUCCCGCGACACUGCUCCUGUGUUUGUGUGUACGAUUACACGGUGAACGGUUCUGGAUUUUCCGGUUAUCCCUCUUACUAUGCCAGUCAUCGCCGGACUGUGAGCCUGCUUCGACGGUUGGCUUUGUAGCUACAUGGCCAGCUAGCACGGCCACGCUAACUGUUGUUAGCAGCUGGCUUCAUCUCUACACGGACCCGGCGAAGUGAAGAGCCGAGGAGCUGGAAUGGCCAGAGUUCCCUCGGAUACCUCUUUCAGAAGACAACGCGACUAAGCAGACGGAACAGAUCCACAUUUCUUUGGAGGUCCGAGUCACCGGUUGUUGGUGUCAAUCUAAUCCCCAUCAUGGUGCAGAAGUACCAGUCCCCCGUGCGGGUGUACAAGCAACCCUUUGAGCUGGUGAUGGAGGCCUAUGAGCGCAGAUUCCCCACCUGUCACCUCAUCCCCAUGUUUGUGGCGAGUGACGUGUUGGUUGAGGAGACCAGCGAAGACGGUUCAACCAACAGAAUUGAGCGCCGCUGUGCCCUGGACGUGGACGCUCCACGCCUGCUCAAACGGAUCGCUGGUGUGGACUACGUCUAUUUCAGCCAGAAAAACACUCUGAACAGAAAGGAGAGGACGCUGCACAUUGAGUCCCAUAAUGAGACCUUCUCCAACAGGGUCAUCAUUCAUGAGACCUGCUGUUAUUCGGUUCAUCCGGAGAAUGAGGAGUGGACGUGCUUCGAGCAGACCGCCAGUCUGGACAUCAAGUCAUUCUUUGGCUUUGAGAGCACGGUGGAAAAGAUUGCUAUGAAGCAGUACGCCAGCAGUAUCAACAAGGGAAAAGAAAUAAUCGAGUACUACCUGAAGGAGCUAGAAGAUGAGGGGAUCACGUGCGUACCCCGCUGGAGUUCCUCCUCCCAUUCCCUGCCUCCCCCCAGGCCGACCAGCCUAAUUACCAGCCCACCUGACCCCCCAAAGCUCGUGAUCACGCCUGCUGUUUCUAUUCCACUGCCUGCUAACGCCAAAGACAGCUCCUCCCAGGACACCAAGCAGGACUGCACCACUCUUCAGGCAGACAGCCUAACUGAGAUUCUGGCCGGUACACCUGAAGACAAGCUGGAUGCAGACUAUAUCAAACGUUACCUAGGCGACCUGACCCCCCUGCAGGAGAGCUGUCUGAUCAGACUUCGUAAAUGGCUUCAGGAGUCACACAAGGGAAAGAUCCCUAAGGACGAGCACAUCCUGCGUUUCUUGCGGGCGAGGGACUUCAACAUAGACAAGGCCCGUGAGAUCCUGUGCCAGUCGCUGACCUGGAGGAAGCAACACCAGGUGGACUACCUGCUGGAGACCUGGAGUUCACCACAGGUCCUGCAGGACUACUACACCGGGGACUGGCACCACCAUGACAGAGAUGGUCGUCCAUUGUACAUCCUGAGGCUGGGCCAGAUGGACACUAAAGGACUGGUCCGGGCUCUGGGAGAGGAGUCUCUACUCAGACAUGUGCUGUCUAUCAAUGAGGAGGGUCUGAGACGCUGUGAGGAGAACACCAAGGUGUUUGGUCGACCCAUCAGCUGUUGGACUUGUCUGGUAGAUCUGGAGGGGCUGAACAUGCGUCACCUGUGGCGUCCGGGAGUCAAGGCGCUGCUGAGGAUCAUCGAGGUUGUGGAGGCCAACUACCCAGAGACUCUGGGACGGCUGCUUAUACUAAGAGCUCCCAGAGUCUUCCCUGUCUUAUGGACACUGGUGAGUCCAUUCAUUGAUGAGAACACCCGCAAGAAGUUCCUCAUCUAUGCAGGCAAUGACUACCAGGGUCCUGGAGGUCUGGUCGACUACAUCGACAAAGAUAUCAUCCCCGACUUCUUGGGAGGAGAGUGUAUGUGCGAGGUACCAGAAGGCGGCCUGGUUCCCAAAUCCAUGUACCGCACAGCCGAGGAGGUGGAGAAUGAGGAGAUCCGCCUGUGGACGGAGACAAUCUACCAAAGCGCCAGCAUCUUCAAGGGAGCACCGCACGAGCUGCUGAUAGAAAUCAUCGACGCCUCCUCAGUCAUUACCUGGGACUUUGACGUGUGCAAGGGCGACGUCGUUUUCAACAUCUUCCACUCCAAGCGAGCCCCCCAGGCGCCACGCAAAGACGCCUUGGUGGCCCACGGCAUCACUUCUCCAGUCGUCAACAACGUCCAGCUUAUCGACAAGUCGUGGACGCUCGGGCAAGAUUACAGCAUGGUGGAGUCCCCACUUACCUGUAAAGAGGGAGAGAGCGUACAGGGCUCCCAUAUAACGCGAUGGCCAGGCUUCUACAUCCUCCAAUGGAAGUUCCACAACAUGCCGGCCUGCUCGGCCACUAACCUGCCCCGAGUGGACGAUGUGCUGGCCAGCUUGCAGGUCUCCUCGCACAAGUGUAAAGUCAUGUACUACACUGAAGUGUUGGGCUCCGAGGACUUCAGGGGUUCGAUGACCAGCCUGGAGUCGAGCCACAGCGGCUUCUCUCAGCUCAGCGCCGCCACCACCUCCUCCAGCCAAUCACAAUCCAGCUCGAUGAUCUCCAGGUAGAAAAUGGAAGAAGAGGACUUAAUUUCCGAUAAUCCCUCCCCCUGACUGACCUUACCAUCAACAUCGAAGCCAUCACCCCCACCCCCACCUUCUUGUUUUGGACUCUGUUCCUAUUGCACAGCCAGUCUCUAUAGAACUGAAGCAUGCAAGCUUGCACAAACAGAAGACAAAGAAUACAAAUAAAUCUGAAGCAAAAAGGAGACUGUGCAAAUUAAAGGGCUGAUUUUUGCACAAAGGUCAAAUAUUUAUUGUGCCUGGCGUCUCUGCUAGGUGGCAGUUUGAAUCAGAAUAUUAGUGGUAUGUUUGUUUGCAUCACGUGCAGGGUGGGAAGGUUAAAAGUCAAGAAUUGGGUCGAGGGGCCUUUGUGGCACUGGAAGCGGGAAGAAGCAAUAUUCUCACUCUGGGAGCGAUGGGACGACGACACUGGAGGCGCUGUUACAUAUAUGCACUUACUUAUGUGUACAUUCACAUACACAGCACUGAGAUGAGGAAGAGCUCAUUCCUGUGCGAUGGCUGAAAAGCCGGGAUGUGCUGUUACAUACAUUAAACAACAUGUUAACAUACAAAUGAGACGUUUGAUGCAAAAAAGGGGUGUUUGCCAUAUUACCAGAGAGGUUUGUUUAUAUCUGGUGAACUGUUUAUAGGUCAAGUGUGGGUGCUGUAAACUCUUAACUAGACCUGGGUCGAAUAUCAGCUGCAUAUAAUGUUGUUUCUUUUCAAACAGUCUGGAGUUAACAGAGUGGGUGGAGCUCAGUGAAUCAUGACAAUUCAGAUGGAGUAAGCACAGUUUCCACUUGACAGGAUAGUGUGAUAACGUUUUCCUGCAGCUUUUUGGAGCCAUUGUAUUGUCACAUGACGCAAAGCUUGCGCAUCUGUCUCACGAGGGCUUUAUCACACCUUGGAAAGCAGUUGACUAUUUGACCUGGGUCUGACUCUCAGCGAAAAAAUCCACUAGAAGCAAUAAUAGGAUUUUGACUUUCUUCUGUGUGAAAAGUUUCUAUUUAUCAUUUUGAGGUUUCAGGAGGAUCAUGGGUGCCGAUUGCAGAUCUUGCUGUGGACAGGCAGACAGACAGGCAAACUGAGCCAGUGAACGGCUAAAUUCUUUGGCAUCAGCAUUAUCACUUGUUGUCUCUGUUACCAUUAUGUCAGGAGAGAAGCAAAAAAACAUGUCUUCCCAGAUUUUCUCCUGGGCACCUUUUUUAUUAUCCUUUUUAUUUCAGUAAACGUUACCUGGAAAUGUCCAUUGUUAGUUUGAUUUAUGUUCGUUCUGUGCACAGUUGAGGGAUUGAGUCAGAAUCAGGUCGUCAAGGUGACGCCUUGUCACUGAUUUGUAAAUGUGCUACUGAUUGGUCAGCACUUGCUAACCAAUGAAAUGCCUGAAUUUGGAAGGUUCUUGUGUCAUUGGGCAGCACGGCCGUCAUUCGAUGUUUGUUUUUCCAGAGCGGUGUAGAUUUCAGUGUGCAUUAGGGAUGAAUGUUACUUUGUGGUUAUCAUUUGGAGGCAUGUCAACAUGUUGAAACUGUACAUGUACUAGUGUUGGUUGGAGCUAAAAUGUUACUGAUAUUUUGGGGUGAGUUUUUGAUGAGGUGAAGCAGUGUGGUGUUUUUGCUGCAUGGUCACGUGGUGAUGGGUUUACAGAUGCAUUAUAUAAAAGUUAAGAAACCGCCAUCUUAAGAGCCAAGUGUCAAUAAAUACCAUUUUUAGCCUUUGUAAGAAUCACUUAGAAACGUACCUCCUUUUUUUUCAAGGUCAUCACUGUAAUAGAUGAGCGAUUGUGAAUUAAGAAACAUUUCUAAAUGCAACACAUUCAUGCCACAGUUUUUUAAAUACACUAUUUGGUUAAUGAGCACUGAUGACUUCACAUAGAUCCGACUGCCCGCAGAGGGCAGACACGAUCCCCAUGCCAGGAGUCAUCAGGUGCUGUCGCCAUGGUAACCGAAUGCAGCUCACAGCAAAAAGAAUCAGACUAAAAGAAACUAAAAACAUGAGAUGGAGGCUUCCUCCUGAAACUCCUGGCUCUGCCUGUUGUCGUUUUUGAUACAUGCUUGUUUGAAACUGUAAAUGAAAGGUCAAGGGUUAACGUGUGAUAACUAUGUCAUAACUGCAAUAACAUGAAAUGCUUUAGUGAGAAAAAGGACCUCCUCAGGCUGAGGGGGAUAUUAGCUGUGAAUAGUUGUGUAAAGGAGUAGAGGUUACAAACGGUGGCUUUUGAGAGAAGACUGUAAAAUGUGUGUAAACUCUGACUCGGCCGCACAGAGCAAGUCUUUUUCCACUAUCGAGUCCGGAGGAGCAUAUCUCCAAUCACACAACUAACCUUCCUUUACCUGAUAUUUCUUCAGGAGACUAGAUUUCCUUUCCUUCAACGGUUCAACUGAUGAAACAAGUAGCAUCAGUUCAAUUAACUCCUCAUAUUUCCCUUUCUCCCUCUUUGUCUCUUGUACACUACAGUUUUACAGUUUUGCUUUCCAACACUCCAUGGUGUGUAUCUAUUGAAAUCAGAGUGGACCUUUUGAUUGAAGCCAUAGGGAUAAACACUGAACCUGUUCAUCAAGAUCUCAAUGACAAGUGAGGGCUAUAACUGUUUGUCUUGACUGUUCAACACAUUUGUCUGUCUCUGCUUCUUUUUCUGAUAUCGUUGCAUAUCUUCUCUUUAUCUUCAUGUGAGAAAUAAUGUAAAAAGUACAUGUUUGGAUUAAUGUGACUAUGGCGCCUUUACAUGUUUUGAAAACAUUAAACUUGAAAUAUGAGCAAA